AUGAGUGUAAAAGAUGAGCCUAAACAAGAGCUGAAGCCAAUUGCCGGAUACGAAAAGGUAUCGUUGAUGUCUCUUGAAGAAGCUGUUAAACAUGUGGUUGAUCUUCUUGAUGAUGAACUGGCUCAGAAUAUUCGUAUUGCCAAACGAAACUCAAGGAAUCCAGCUGACAAUCUGUCGUCGGAUGAAGCAGCUGCUAUUCACGUGUACACAAUGGAAUGGGAACAGGGCGGACAUUCACUUUACUCACAGCUUAAUCGAUCACUCCGCAUCCCGGAUAGGCGAAAACUGCAGCCGUGA